AUGUCCGGCUUCGGGGAGUACGCCCCCAACAUGGUGCCCACGGACGCGCUCGUGGUGCGCGACCAGGCCGAGCCGGCCCACGAGCUGGUCCAGUACACGGGCGAGGACCUGGCGCGGCCCACGUUUGGGCCGUCGAACCCGUUCCGCGACGACUCGUCGGCGGCGUCCUCGUCGCAAAAGCGCAAAAACGUGCUCACGGGCUUCGCUGAGGAGACCUUUGUGUCGGAGCACACGUUCCGCAGCAAGCACCGGGCGGUGGAGCGGCGCGGCGGUCCCGAGCGCGAGUUUCAGUCCGGGGCCGAGGUCAAGGCCGAGGCGGCGAGGAUACGCAAGACGCGCGAGGGCAAGGGCAGCGCGCUCGUCGCCGAGGGAGACGGCGAGUACAAGGGCCCCUGGGCGUCGUACAAGUCUAGACAGGGCCGCGGGGUCGAGGUUGGGCUUGAGGGUGGCGAGGAGCUGGCGAGCGACGAGGAGUACGAGAUUGUCGAGGUCGAGGACGACGAGGAUGAGGAUGUCGUGGAGAGCGGCGCGGUCGUCCAGCCGCCGGCGGAGGCGUUGGCGAGGCGGCAGCAGGUCGAGGAUCUCGGCGACGAGACGACGACUUUCCACGGCUCAGAACUCUACGACUACCAGGGGAGGACUUAUAUGCACGUUCCUCAAGACUUGGAUAUCGAUCUACGGAAAGAGCCAGGGAGCACAACAAAUUACAUACCCAAGAAAAUGGUGCACCAAUGGAAGCACCACACAAAAGCCAUCACCUCACUCAACUUCUUCCCCAACUCGGGCCACCUCCUACUAUCCGGCAGUGCAGAUUCGACCGUCAAGAUAUGGGACGUGUACCACCAACGAGAGCUGCUGCGGACGUACUCUGGACACAGCAAAUCUCUAUCAGACACCACAUUCAACACGAACGGCGACAAGUUCCUAUCAGCUUCUUUCGACCGCAUGAUGAAACUCUGGGACACGGAGACGGGCAAGUGUAUCGCCAAGUUCACGACGGGCAAGACGCCGCACGUUGUGCGCUUCAACCCGACGUCAGAGCUCGGGCACGAGUUCCUCGCCGGCAUGUCGGACAACAAAAUUGUGCAGUUCGACACGCGGGCCGGCAACGAGACGGUGCAGGAGUACGACCACCACCUGGGGCCCGUCAACACCAUCACCUUUUGCGACGAGGGCCGGCGCUUCAUGACGACGUCGGACGACCGCACGCUCCGCGCCUGGGAGUACGGCUUCGGCGUCCCUAUAAAGUAUAUUGCCGAGCCGUACCUGUUCGCCAUGACGCGCGCCGCCACCCACCCGUCGGGCAAGUACGUCGCCUACCAGAGCUCCGACAACCAGAUCGUCGUCUACUCGAGCAACGAUAAGUUCCGCCAGAACCGCAAGAAGAGCUACCGCGGCCACAACAACGCCGGCAGCGCCAUAGACAUCGACAUCAGCGCCGACGGUCAGUUCCUGGCCAGCGGAGACACGGGCGGAUACGUUGUCUUUUGGGACUGGAAGAGCUGCAAGAUGUUCCACAAGAUUCAGGCCGAGGAUGGCCAGGUCAGCUGCGUCAAGUGGCAUCCUCAGGAGAGCAGCAAGGUCGUCACGGGAGGCGCCUCGGGUAUUAUAAAAUUCUGGGACUGA